AUGGCUGAAUUGUUUGUUCCAAAGAUAAUAGAUGAAUUGGGUGAUGUUGUCGUGAAGCAGCUCGGGGAGAAGAUUAACCUGGUGAUGAGUGUUGAAAAGGAGGUGGCAAAUAUCAAAAGAAAGUUAGAAACGAUUCAAAAUGUGCUCCAUGAUGCAGAGAGACGAAGGCUGAAGGAGGAACCGGUCGGAAAGUGGCUAGAAGAGCUUGAAGACAUAACAUAUGAGAUGGAUGACGUCCUGGACGAAUGGAACAUCAAGAUUCAGAAACCAAAAAAUGAGGGAACUCAACAGAAUGCCAGAACGCAGCCUACAUUGUGGAGCAAGGUUCGUUCCUUCAUCCCAUCCCUUUGUUCUUGUCUCAAACAACUUCCUGUUCGUAGUGAUAUUGCUUCAAAAAUAAAAAGCAUAAGUGAAAAGCUAGAAUUAACUUUGAAAGAGGCAGAUGAAUUCAAGUUUAUUACAAGUGGGGGGGUUCCUGAUUCUCAAGAUUUUAAGCGAAUUAUGACUACCUCAAUCAUAGACGAAUCAGAGAUCUAUGGUCGAGCAUCUGAUAAGGAUGCUUUACGUAACCAAGUAUUAUCUGAGAGUAGUAGUCAAGGAAGAAGGGGGGGUCCAGUUAUCUCUGUAGUAGGGGCCGGGGGUAGUGGAAAGACCACACUUGCGCAGUUACUCUUCAAUGAUGAUAGAGUGAAGAACCAUUUUGAACUUAAAAAAUGGGUUUGCGUAUCAGAUCCUUUUGAUGAGAAAAGGAUCGCCAGAGCAAUUCUUGAGAGUCCUGAAAAGAGUUCUCUGGGCUCGUUAGAGUUGGAACCACUGCUCCAACUGUUGAAAGAAACUUUUUCCGGUAAGAGAUUCCUGCUUGUCCUAGAUGAUGUCUGGACAAAGGAAGACUCAAAGUGGAAACCUUUCCAAUACUCUCUCAAGGAUGGUGCUCCCGGAAGUGUAAUAUUGGUGACAACUAGGAGUCUAGAAGUGGCCAGAGUGGUGGGAACAACUCAUACUCACCAGAUGGCUCUGAUGUCUGACUCUGAUUGUUGGCUAAUAAUCCAAAGGAUAGCAUUUGGUGGAAGAUCAGAAGAGUGGUCUAAGAAAAAGGAAAGCAUUGGGCAGAAAAUUGCAGAAAAAUGUAAGGGGUUGCCACUUGCUGCGAAGACUAUGGGAAGCUUGUUGCGGCUCAAAGAUACCAUACAACAAUGGCAGAAUGUUUUGGACAGUGAGAUAUGGCAAUUGGAGGAAGAGUUGUCCCCGGAGCAGCAACUUUUCCCUCAUUUGUAUUUAAGCUACAACGAGUUGUCCCCGGAGCUGAAACGUUGCUUCUCAUAUUGUGCUGUCUUUCCCAAAGAUCAUGAGAUAUAUGUAGAAAAGCUUAUUUGGCUGUGGAUGGCACAAGGUUAUGUUCGCCCAAGACGGAGAGGUGAGAGCUUGGAGCUGGUGGGCCUUGAGUACUUCAACAAUUUGGCAAUGCGUUCCUUUUUUCAAGAAAUAGAAAAAGCUGAGGCACUCUAUGGGUUAACUGAAUAUAUAAAGUGCAAGAUGCAUGACAUAGUGCAUGAUUUUGCACAAUUUCUCACAAAAAAUGAAUGUCAUGCACUUGAUGGAACUGGAAGAAAUUCAUCUAGUGAAAGACCACGUCAUCUAACAAUUUUGGAAGAAGGCACUGAGGAGGAGAUGUUUAGUUCUCGAGUCGUUGAUUUUGGACGGCUCAGGAGCUUUUUAACUUUUCCUAUAAUUGGAAGAGUAGUUCCCCAAAAUCUGUUUUGCAUUUUGAAGUACGUGAGGACUCUGACUUUAAGCAAUUGUGGGCUAGCUGAAAUCCCAGCCGAGAUCGGAAGGUUGAUUCAUCUUCGGCACUUGGACUUGAGUGAUAAUCUUUUCAUUACACUGCCAGAAGCUAUAUGUGAUCUAUAUUAUCUGGAAACUUUGAAUAUCACUGAUUGUGAAAAGCUUUCGUGCCUUCCUCAAAGGAUUGAAGGCCUUGUACACUUGAGGCACCUUUUCAAUGAGGGCACCGAUGAUUUACGUCAAAUUCCACAAGGACUCAGGAAGCUGACGUCACUUUGUACUUUGUCUCGGUUCAUCGCCAGGAGCAACUCUGAUGAUUUGGCAAUUCUGAAGGACCUUAACCAACUCGAAAGAUUGGCUAUUGAAAUUGAAGGAGAAGUAGAUUUUGGGAGUGCAAAACUUGGCAAGAAAAUCAACAUGCGUCAAAUGUUUUUGGCCUUUAGCGAUGGGACCCACUUUAUAGAAACUCCAAGUUGCAUUGAAAGCGUGGAACCACCUCCAAACUUGGAAGAACUUGCGCUAGGUGGCUAUCCAGGAGUCCAGUUACCAAGUUGGCUUGUGACGAAAUCUCACGCCAAUAACUUGACGAGGCUAAUUAUCAACGGGCCCCGUAACAUCUCAUCCUUGCAUGCCUUGUGGGAGCUAUCAUCCCUAGAAGAGCUCAAGCUCGUGAAAGUGGAAGAGCUGGAAUGUUUGGGUAAGGAAUUCUUCGGAGUUACAAAAGCACUACAUGAGAAUAGUCGUGAUGCUCUUGAUACAUUGUCAAACUCCGAGUCAUCAUUCUCAGCUGAAGCAGUGGCAUUUUUGAAUUUGAGAAAAUUACAUUUUGAGGACUGCAACAAUUGGACACGUUGGGAAGACUUAAGUGAAGAUGAUGAAGAAGUUGCUAUCUCUAUCAUGCCAUGUCUGGAGCAGCUACAAAUUAGUCAAUGUACAAAGCUCGAGACUCUACCACAUCGCAUCCUCAGCAAGAUAUCAUCUCUCAAAAAUUUGAAUAUUGGACGUUGCGACAAAUUGAUGGAUCGUUACUCUGACAAAACAGGAGAUGACUGGAUAAAGAUAUCACACAUUCCUCGAGUUGACAUAUCUGACAAAUAUUAUUAA